AUCAUCCAUCCAUCCAUCCAUCCAUCCAUCAUACUCGCUUGUCCUAUUUCUUUAAUUUAGCUCUGUUUAUGAAAACACGUACAAUUAUCUAGACAUUUGAUUUCUAAGUCUGACUACAUUUACACAAAGGACCUAUGCUCUCUCAUGAACUCUAAUUUGCUAGAUACUCUGUGUUGUCCGAUUACUUUUUUAUAACGUCGCCUAAGCUUCUGAGAGAACAAAACAAACCAUAGCGGGGACAAAUGUAACAUAUACAGUACUGUAAACGGGCAAGCAAAGGCGCUCAAUGCCCCUCUUUGCCCUCCCCACACACACGAAAUUGUGGUCAACGUCAUCACGUCCAUUGCGUGGCCCACGUGCAUAUGUUUACGCAUCUUUGGCAGCGCUACGUCAGCAGCAUUUCGGAUGAAAACAUUAUAGCUAAUGGAGCGGAGAGGAGCUUUGGUGAUUAUUGCGGGUUUGUCAGGAUGUUCGUUUAUUCCGCUAUGAAAACGGGGAUAUAUCUUAGACGGCGUUUGGGUAAAAGUUUAAUUAUUUCGGAAGAUUUUCGGGUGGCUCCAACGCCUGGCUAUUCCAAGUUUCCAGCCGGGAAGGUAGCUUUUUAAGAGGGUGGAGGGGAAGGGGAUCUGGAGAAAAAACAACGCGUUUGACAGCAGAGCUUUUCCCAAGUAGCUCACCGAUCACUUCGGUUGUAAACAGAUCCUAACACGUGACAAUGAGAGCAGGUCCGCAUUGUCUGAGCGAGACGCACAAAGGCGCCAUCGGCGGCCGCACGCCAGGUACGAUAGGGGAAGCAGGUGGCAGGGACCGGUGAUGGCAGCUGCGGGACAAGCCAAACAUAUUUUUUUGUGGUAGGCUUUAAAAUGGACAAAGAUGGCUGUUGUUUUGAUAGUUGUGUAAUACCUACUUUAAACGGACUUUGAACGCUUUUUUAAGCAAAGGAUAAUCUCGCAGCACUUAUUGUUUCUGCAUAGUUACGCCGCUGACUGAUAUUUUGGCAACGGGAAAAAUAAGAGACUUAGCUCCGGGGGUCUUUGGCUAACUACCCACAAUAUGUCAUUUACAAUGGAAGACACACUUGAGUCCGGGUGGGUGGCGGUCCGGCCAAAUGUUUUCGAUGAGAAGGAAAAGCACAAGUUCGUUUUUAUAGUUGCGUGGAAUGAGGUCGAAGGGAAGUUCGCUAUAACUUGUCACAAUAGAACCGUGCAGAGGAGGACUGCUGCCCGGAAUCCUGUCCCCGAAGUGAACGUCUUUCAGGAGGCAGCGGAGGGGCCGCUUUCCGCGGAGGAGGACAGACGGAAAGCUUUGAACAGUCCAGUCAAAGACGGGCGUGAAAGUGCGACUGUGUGCGCCGCAGACGAUGGCAAAGUCAGCACGAAAAAUCCGACGAGAAGUCCAAGUCAUCUUAAAACCCUGAGCAAAGCAGUAGACAUCGAGGGCUCCGAUCCCACUGUCAGUAAAGGAGAACUGCGUACCCCAGAUGCCGAUUUGGCUGACUCGGAUCACUUUGAUGCCGGCAGCAGAGAGCAUUAUAGUUGGGCCGGACUCUUCUCCUUUCAGGAUAUGAAGGCUGUUCACCUGCAGCUCUGUUCCGUCAAUUCCGAUCUGGAGUCAUGCUUGCCCCCGUUCCCCGAGGAGCCCUCCGGCGUGUGGACGGUCUUGUUCGGACUUCCAGAGGUGACUCAAAGAGAGGUGGAAGCCCUGUGCUACCAGCUCCAAGUGUACCUCGGCCAUGCCUUAGACACCUGCGGAUGGAAGAUCCUCUCCCAGGUGCUGUUCACCGAGACCGAUGACCCAGAAGAAUACUACGAGAGUCUGAGUGAGUUGCGCCAGAAGGGAUACGAGGAAGCGGUGCUGCGAGCUAAGAAGCGGCUGCACGAGCUCCUGGACAAGCACAAGGUGAUGGAGAGCAUGGUUGAGCUGCUGAAGAUCUACCAGGAGGAGGACGAGGCCUACGGCUGCCUGGUGGAGGCCACCACUGAGCUGUACCAGUACCUGCUGCAGCCCUUCAGGGACAUGCGUGAGCUGGCCAUGCUACGCAGACAGCAGAUCAAGAUCUCCAUGGAGAACGACUACCUUGGCCCCCGCAGGAUCGAGGGUCUGAAGAAGGAGGACGCUGACUGGCAGAAGAAGGCCCACGCAGCCGUGCUGUCAAUCCAGGAGCUCACUGUCAAGUAUUUUGAGAUCACUGCACGAGCACAGAAAGCCGUGUACGAGCGCAUGCGAGCAGACCAGAAGAAGUUUGGCAAAGCGGCGUGGGCCGCAGCGGUGGAGCGCCUGGAGAGGCUGCAGUACGCCACGUCUAAGGAGACGCUGCAGCUGAUGAGAGCCAAAGAGAUCUGCCUGGAGCAGAAGAAGCACGCGCUACGGGACGAGAUGCAGAGUCUGCGUGGCGGCGAGGAAGCCAUGACACGGCUGGACCAGCUGGAGGCAGAGUAUUACAGGCUGCAGCUGCAGCUCUAUGAGAUCCAGUUCGAGGUCCUCAAGUACGAGGAGCUGCUGCUGACAGCUCAGCUGGAGAGCAUCAGGAGGCGAAUGAUCGAGAGACAGGACGAGGUGGUGUAUUACGACACCUACGAGAGCAUGGAGGCCAUGCUGGGCAUCGAGGACGCUUCAGCCGGCGUGCAGCCUCGCCGGGACGAGCUGCUCAAGCUGCAGCAGAGGGCCCGGCAGCUGGAGGCCAAGAGGGGACGCAUCACUGCCAAGAAGGCCUACCUCAGAAACAAAAAGGAUAUCUGUGUUAUUAAUCACAAUGAGAAGAUACAGCACCACCAUGGCGGUCAAGAAGACCACAAAUCCCAGCAAGCCCUGCAACAGAGAGAGCUGAAGGAGGAAGAAAAGAGGAGCACCCGGGUCAGUCAGGAGAGGCAGACGACGCUGGACCGACUCCGAAGCUUCAAACAGCGGUACCCCGGACAGGUCGUACUGAAGUCCACCAGACUCCGGUUGGCGUAUUCUCGAAGGAAAAGCGCUGGGACCCCCACCAGAAACGUGGACCUGGACCAGCCCCAACCACUGAUCACAGACGUUCAGUCGGAGGAGAUGACCCCAGUUCCCGAGCUUGUAGAAUGCCCCACCAUUCCAGUUCCCCAACGAGAAAGCAUUUCGUUACCUAUAGGGGGCGCUGCCGCUCCUCAUGCACAGCCAGUCACUUCCUCCCUGCCCACCAUCCUGCCAUUGGUAGGCGACGUCGCGGGUCUUACUUCCCCUGCUUCCUCUGGGCCCUUACCCCCACCUCCCCCCCCGCCGCCGCCUCCUCCGCCGCUGCCCCCUCCAGCCACCAAGGAGGGUGCUGGUGAGGGGCUGGAGGGGCCGGGCAGCCCCGUGCGGAAGCCCAAGGAUGAGGGCAGGGAGGCCAACAAGGAGGCCAUCGGGCCCAUUUGCGGCCGCUUCUUCGACAGCAGCCAGCUGGUGAAUGCAAGGAAGAAGCUGAAAAAGACCUCGGCGCUGGAGGCCUCCCAGCGGAGGAGAGCGAGCUCCCCAAUGGACGAGGUGCUGGCCUCCCUGAAGCGUGGCAGCUUCCGCCUGCGCAAGGCCGAGCUGCGCGUUCUGCGGCCCGACCCAAGCCAGGAAGACGGCGACAACAUCCUGGCGCAAAUCCGCAAGGGCGUCAAGCUGAAGAAGGUGCAGCAGCAGGAGCUGCGUGACAGCCUGGGCGAGCUGCACGACGCCGCCGACCCUCUGACGCGCAGCAUCCACGAGGCACUGCGCCGCAUCAAGGAGGCGUCACCCGACUCGGAUUCCGAGGACGAGGGGCUGCCCUGCACCGACUGGGAGAGUUAGGCCCAUCCUGGCCCCCAGGCUGCUGUACUCUCCACAUCAUUAACAUACACCUUCCAGUACCUGCCCAAAAGCCCACGUGGAUCUCAGCCCUCGCACCUCAUGUCUGGUAGUUUUAAUUAGAAGUGAAGUUUGUACAUGUUUGCUUUUUUUUUACGUAUUUUGAAUGCCUUUUUCAUCUUUCGAACCCCUUCCCCCCCACACUGAGCCUGGUUGACAGCCGAGGCCAAACCCCCCAGCAGAGCGGCAUGCCAUGGAAGAGCCGGCGGUAAGCAGGACUGGCAGCCUGUGCCGCCUCGACUGACACGCUCACCGCUGCAUUACUCCAUGUUUUGUUCAUACCCUGUAUGUGAGAUCAGGUGUCAGAAGAGCAGAAGGUGACAGCGGACUUUCUGCCGGUCACAUCCAGCUGAGGCUGGCGUUUUUACACUACCCUUGGUGACAUGUUUGAUAUAUUCCUCUUCUGUAAGUUUUAUCUUUGUUUUUAUGUCCAUAUUUACUGAUUUCUUUUUGUGAUUUAUAGCUUUAUAAGAUCUUUCAUUAUGCGGGAUGUGUCAUCUUUAUAUUCACCUCGGCUUGUGUCCCCCCCCCCCUCCCCGGCUUCUGAGUCGGGCCGUGGGGGAUCAGUUUUGUUGCAAUAUGAACAUUGGAGUUGGAUUAGCGUUUUAAGGAGCUGAGGUUUUGAGAGCUUACUCUGGGGAGUCCUUGAAGAUGCAAACCCUGUUACUGCCGCAAUCAACACAUAGUCCUUGUAUUGAACUGUAAGGUGUUUGGUCAGUCAAUGCCCUGCAUCCCAAAGCGGGGACACCCCCCUCUCCCCCACACAAUACCUUUGAUGACCUGCUUUGUUGUAUCCUUUCCAUUUAUACUCGCCAUUUGCUGGUCUUUGUAUCUGCCACAUAUUGCCACAUAUUUAAGUUUGUCCAUCCAUUGCGCAUGCUGGUUCAUUUAUCUCUUUUGCAGUUGAUUAAUUUUCUGACACCAUCACCCCCCUCCC